AGUCUCGUACCCGUAUUCGUGUUUAAUAGCAAAACCUAGUGAUAUUCAGCAAAGCUAUUUCCCCAAAAAGAAAGAAUAGUUGAUAGGAAGAAAAAUGCGUCGCGUUGCUUGCCUUACUAGCGCUGCGGCGGUGUCGGCCCUGUCGUUAGCAGGCACGAACGUACCCACCCGCAGCAUCUAUACGACGUGGGUCUCUGUGCCGUGCGAGGAGUGGGCGUGCAAGGAGAGCUGGCUGAAGCGUAUUACGUCACAGUCGGAGUACCGCAGCUUUGAGUUCUGGCACGUGCCGGAGGUGGAGGUGCCGGAGGGGUUGAAGCUGAACGCGGUGGAGCGCUACCUGCUGAGCAGCCUCGAGAACGACACUGACCGCCUGCUGCACGUCUCGUGGUGCGGCGACUUCGACUCCUACUGGCACGACCGCGUCAGCUCGCUGGAGAUGUUGUACAAGACCAUCUACACCGAUGACUACCCCCUGUACCGCUACGUCUUCGGCAACUGCACGCACAAGACGGCGGAGAAGGAGUACAUGCUGCGUAAGGUGAACUACCUGCGUAGCAUCCUCUUCUGGGCAGGCCGCACGGAGCGCUGCUACACCAGCAUCGUCAAGGCACGCUACUACGUCCAGCGCUGUGUGUGGAACGCGCUGGAGCGAGAGCGCUACUUGUGCGCCUGCGUGGAGGCAGUGGACUCGUUCGCGAAGAAGGUGCCGGAGGAGCUCCGCGAGAAGGCGAUGGGCGAGCUGGAGGUCGCGUUAGUGAACAUGCGCCACUGGGUGUGGGAUUGCCCGAACGGCAAGCGCACCUUCACACGUCGUCUUGCGUAA